GGGAAAUGAAUGCGACGAAUACAAAUAAUGGAGACUGUGCGUCUUUCGGUUGAUUCGCCCGUAAACUUGUGAUCUCCGCAUGUGGCAUACGUUGUGCGAUGUUGCGAGUCGCCGAGUCGCGUGUUUUCCUGUUCGCUGAAAUGUUGUGCCUUACGUGUCUCUGACUUUUCGUAUGUCCGAGUCGAGACGGGGUUUGUUGUCGCCUGCGAACGAAGACGGCAGGGAAAGACUCGCGUAGUCUCAUAGAGUGAACGAGAAGUAUCGACGAGACGGGCUGGCCGGUAUCCUGUGACGUUUCGUGAAAUGUCAGUUGCCGCGGUGUCAAGACUGUGACACCUGUGUUGUGAGUACCACUGUGACUCGUCAGAUUGAGGUUAGACACCCGCCGCGUUCCGAAUGUAAACCUGUCUUUAUCCCGCCUACGUUGAAUGUCGAAGUCGAACUAAGCUAAGUCAAACCCACCACCGACUCCUGUCUCCGUGUUGGAAGGCUCGCACAACGCAGACUGUUGGGGAACGUAGUUGUAUGUACAAUUGUGGUGAUACAUCCCGGUGCUACGUCUAUGCAUUGAUGUGUGUAUAUACCGUUUGUGUGUUAUGUUCCUAUCUCGGUGAAUAGGGAUUGUAGAAUCAUGGCAGAUCGAGAUUAUGAUAUGGGUUCUGCAACAGAAAUGAUGGUAAAUGAUUUUGAUGACGAACGAACAUUGGACGAGGAAGAAGCCUUAGAAGGUAGCGAGGAUUCUCACAACGAGUUGUCCAACUUGCAAAAGGAAGGUGAUAUGCCACUGAAAGAUCUUCUUGCCAUGUACGGAUACGGUGAUCCCUCGACGGAGAAUUCCAACAGUUCCGAUCACAUGCUGCUACCAUCUGGAAGUGGUGAUCCCGAGACUGAGGAGCGUUACUCGGACAAAGGUGACAACGAUGCAGACGACGACGAUGACGAUGACGAGGCUGAUGCAACCAGUAAUGAGCCAGACCUUAAACAAUUCUACACAGAAAUGUUGGUUAAGGAUAAGACAUCGGCAUUAGCGGGAUCAACGACGAAAGGCAAUAGCAGCAUUGGUGCUGGCAGCAGGGAUAACAGGAAACGUAGAAUCGAUGACGACGAGGACGAUGAUGAAGAUGCCGAAACCGAAGAUUGCUCGGGCACUCGAACCGGAAGCAGGAAGAAAAACAGAGCGUCACCUACAACGGAAAGUGCUAAUGCUGUUGAGUGCAGUGUUAUAGUUAAUUUAGGGGGAGCUAAUGCUACUGAUAGCACUAUCGAAGAAGGUAAUGCCAGUGGCGCAAUCGAUGGUCCAGAAGAUAGGAUAGUCAGUGCGGGAAUAGGCAGUGGCAGUUCGAGAUUGUUACGGAGUGUUUCAAGGCCGCAGAGUGAAGAAGAAGAAGACGAUUGCGACUACAGUCCAGACGAGGAGGAAUGGAAGAAAACAAUCAUGGUUGGUACUGACUACCAAGCAGCAAUACCCGAAGGUUUGUGUCGUUACGACGAUGCGUUGCCAUAUGAGAAUGAAGAUAAAAUGUUAUGGGAUCCCAGCCAUAUAUCCGAGGAAGAUACAGAAGAGUUUCUAGAACGCGCGCAACUUCCAGCGGUAAAGGGUGGCUCAUUGCCGGCUGGAUCACAAAUUAGAGAUGACGAGCAGGCUUUGUAUCUCUUACUACAGUGUGGCUACAACCUUGAAGAAGCAUUACGAAGACGUCGAAUGAAUGUACUUCCUCCUACGGAUGCAGUGAGUCUUUGGUCAGAAGAGGAAUGCCAUAAUUUUGAAUCUGGAUUGCGGACUUAUGGAAAGGAUUUUCAUCUUAUACAGAAAAAUAAGGUGAGAACGAGAUCGGUCGGAGAGUUAGUACAAUUUUAUUAUUUGUGGAAGAAAACGGAGCGCCAUGACAUAUUUACGUACAAAGCGCGAUUAGAAAAGAAAAAAUAUGCUCUGCACCCCGGUAUCACCAGGGACUAUAUGGACCGAUUCCUCGAGGAACAAGAGGGAGUGCGAGAUCGCAGUAGCUCACCAAACGUUCAUUGUUUGCUCUAUGGUGAUACCAAGCGGCAAAGAUCGAGUACCAGCGUGACCAACAACGACGAGUCCAAAUCAACAGAUGCUUGGGAUGGAAACGUGAUUGAUCCAUUGGCGGAUGUUAACGGUCCAACACCACCGCCACCACCACCGCCUCCACCACCACCGCCCUUAAUAACGUCAGCAGUGACUACCAUGUCCACAAUAUGCAAUUCCAGCGCUUUAACCACACCGACGUAUUGUUCACCAUCGACUCGUCAUCCGGACUGUCCUUCGUCUGAAUCGGGUUGUGUAAAUCCCCUAGUGUGGAGUGGUCUAGCGUCCCGAAGUCAACCUACCUCUUCAGUCAUUACAACAAUAACGAUAAAUACCACCACAGCCACUACGUCCACAGCAAUGGUCACAAGUCUCGGCUCGACGAAUACAGUUACCACUAGUUCUACUGUUCCUGCUGCUACUAUUGCCGCCACUGCUGUCUCAAAUAAUUACUAUCAUCAACGAGUAACAUCAUCCAGAAGCAAUGAUUCUCACGAUACACCCUCACCCGAGAACAUUUUACCUCAUCUACCCCCUUAGCGUCUAACCCGACCUUCAGGUGUCCAUCCUGAAAGGCGACGAAUGUCCUUGCGCGGAGUGCCUAAUUCCGCACUUGCACCAUCGCUAUUGUCGUAACGCAUAAUAUUCGUUAAUAUCAAGGAUUAUAUUUUUAUACUGUAUCGCGCGUAAUAUAAUUAUUAAUCUUAGCGCAAGUGCGCGCUGUUGUAUAGUGGUACGGAAGACGGAAGGACGCGCUUUUGCGUGAAAGAUUAGAGGAUAUAUUGUAUGUAAGGUUAAAGAUACAAAUUGAAAAUAAACGCGGCAAAACGAGCGAGGGUCAUUGUAGCUUUCUCUAUUUUUCUUGUAUCUGUUUAUGAACUUAGAGAUAUUCCAUACAAAAAGAAGAACGCAUUUCGAAAGAGACUUUGUUGGGAGACUGGAGCGCCAGUAUUCGACAGAGAAGUGAAAUAGUAUUAUGUACUGCGACUGUAAAUUUUCAUGGAUAAAUCAUUGUAUUGCAUAGUUAAUAUGUAAUUGAUCAUGAUUCAAUUUGUCGAAGAUAUUUGUCUUCGGAUCGGCAAUAAAUUUGUAAAAAGUAUCAUGCGGAACUUUGCGAAAUGAUUUAUUAGUUCGAUAAAAAGUGGAAUCUGGUAAAUGUUGAAUGAUAAAGUUAAAUUGAAAGUUAAUAGAAACAUGGUCAUUAUUAUUUAAUGUAAAAAAAUACGCAUUAAUAGCAAUCCUAAUAAUUCGUUUCCCUCGUUAAGUAGUUGGCUGUGUAUAAAAUCAUAUAGUUUGUAUUUUCACGUUUUCCUAGCAAUCUAUUUAAGAAACACGAAAUAUUUCUAAUUUACUG